AAGCAACAGCAGAGAAUUUUCCGGAAUCUCCCAUCACCGUCGCUAAUGUCCGGGGCUAGGAUCUGAAGUGGAACUAGUGAGCUGACGCCUAAGCGCUUAAGGUAAACGGUAAAGUAUCGUUUCAGCUGGUUCCACAAUAAUGGGUAUAGACCAUUCUUGGGAAGUCGAAGAAUACUUUCUAGGGCAUCUACGCGUCGGCCAUUCCGGACUGCCAUUCUGCCUUCGAAAGCUGUGCGGGAACUCAGAAAACCUGAUCAUCAAAAUUCGAUAUGCAGCCUUGUGUCGACGUUUCACUUGGCGGCGUCGUCCAAUUGCAUCUUCUUCAUUCAUGCCCUUCAGCUAUCGGGAGCUCUUUUUCGGAGGGACGCAAUUCUGCUGCUGCCUGCCCGUAAGGGCCGGCGUCAUCUCCAUGUCGCUUUUGGGUAUCAUCUUGUCUGGAAUUCUGACAAUUAUCUUGUGGUACGAAGUGGCUAGCACACCCGACCUGACAAGCGGAGAACGUGCUGGAUUUGUUCUGGCCGGCCUACUGGAGACGUUCCUGUGUGUGGUUUCGAUCCUCGGCUUUGUCGGCGCUAUUGUUCGGAAGCAGCUGUUUGUCCAAAUCUACGCGUACUUCAUUUACGUUCAUUUCUUCAUCAAUGUGGGCGUCGCUGCCUACUUGUUAUGGCUCAUUACCCAUUUCUCUGAAAACGCUGCCACCAAGGCUUGUCAAGAUACUAUAAAGAAUACCGAUGCACAACAACAAUGUAUUGGUAUAUUACAGAUCGCCAGGGGCGUCUACUUUGUCAUAGCAGCACUGGUUCUGCUCAUUGAGAUGUAUGGUGCCAUCAUCGUCGCGCGUUAUCUGAACCAGAUCCAAAGGGAGAAGCGCACGAUGCGAGCUUCUCGAAUGAGCAUGGGCUAUACAAUGUUCCCGGUGCCACACUCAGAAUACGUAUCUCUCACUGAUACUAGAAGGAUGUCCCAGUUCUCAGCACUUUCACCCGAACCAUAUAAAUCGGCACGCGAGUUCAAUGCCUACGAAGAGUUUGACCCCUACCGAAACCAGUCCCAAGCGGGGCCGUCGGCGAUUCCAGAAGUCGAAUUAUAUUCGAACACGUAUGGAUUACCCAUAGAAGCGGGAUAUGGAGGAGGAACAUGGACUCAUUCUGAGAUAUCAAUAGAAGAAAAGGCUAGAUUACAGCGAUCCGAAGCGGUCGACGCUACUGACCAUCAAAGAGAUGAGUUUGAAGAGGUGCCUUCGCUGGAUGAAGAGCAACAACGAAAGAGAGAUUCUGAUUCUAAAUCUCCUGGAGGUCCCCUUCCCCCCAUGAGAACACGAGAUAUGGACGAUUUGCCGAGAUACUCUUACUGACCCUCCUCGUAUAUUAUGGUAGUCAUGCACUGCCACAUAAAUUGUAACAAUACUAGUAACCUUCUUAGGACUCAGCGAAUCUCUGUAGAUCCAUCAUAUAACUUAGCUGCAUGAUGCACUGAAGGUCCAGGUGCCAG